AUGGCUCACAGCCCAACCAACUCUGAAAUUGGGCUGGAAAAUAAUAGAAGAUCCCUUCCGCCCGCAUACGAAAGCCCAGCGGGGUCUAGAGACUGGAGCUUUUAUCCCCGGAAUGGCAUGCAUUGCCACUUCCAAAAAUCACCAAAGUCGAAAAUUCGAAUGUUUAAUAAGGCGAACGAAGCGAAAGCCAAAAGCUGGCUAUUUCGCGGGAAGGGAAAAAGAAGCAAUCUGUCAGACGUGGAAUUGAAGACGUGGAAAAGUGCUUUUCAGUCAGGAGAAAGUGCUUGUGAAAGCAGGACACUGAUAUAUCAGAAGUAUGGGGAUAUCUGCGACGUGGUUGGUUGGGGCUCUUCGGCGACCAUACUUCUAUCACGCAAGCCCCAAGAGUGGCAUCCCCAUAUCCAUUCAUUUUACGCUAUUAAAGUGUUUCGGCGUCUACCAGGGGUGAGCGAAACAGCCUAUCGAAGGCCGAUCGAUGCCGAGUUUUCAAUUUCUUCUCCAUUGAGACACCGAAAUAUUAUUCGAACCUUCGAACUCAUAGAGAUUGACAGUGGUGUCUUUGGUGAGAUCCUGGAAUAUUGUUCCAGUGGUGAUCUCCAUACCUUGGUGGCUGCAAGAGGUCAGUUAGAAAAUGAAGAGGCCGAUUGCUUCUUGAAACAGCUCAUGCGCGGCAUCAAUUAUAUCCAUGAAAUGGGCAUAGCUCAUCGUGAUUUGAAGCCGGAGAAUCUUCUUCUCACUUCAAAUGGUUGCCUCAAGAUAUCGGAUUUUGGCACCGCAGAAUGCUUUCGUCUCGCUUGGGAGAGUGACGUUCACAUGACAACCACACGACGCGGAUCGCGACCCUACGUUUCGCCCGAGCAGUAUCUCAGCCAGUAUUUUGAUCCGAGACUAGCCGACAUAUGGGCCACGGCUGUGACCUACAUUGCAAUGAGAACGGGGAGGAUCCUGUGGAUGGUAGCCACCACCGAAGACGAGAAUUUUAGAGACUACAUCGCAGACCGUCAAAUUGGAAGGGGUUAUUUUCUCAUCGAAGACACGUGCUCUGUAGCGAGCCGCUGCGUCAUCUAUUCGAUGCUAAAUGCUGACUAUACUGGCCGGCCCCUCUCAAAUGAGGUUCUACAUUCCCAAUGGCUACAAGAGAUUGAAGUAUGCACAGAUGCAGAAAAUGGACAAGUCUAA